AUGCAUAUUUUGUUGAUUUUUUUGACUUUUAUUAUUGGAAUUUCGGGAGAAGAUGGCGAUGAGCAAUAUGUAGAAGUGAGUUGAGGGAACAUCGAGGAUAACACAUCACACAUUUUAGGCAAUUGUUAUAAAUCAUCGAUUGUUUUUCAAAGAAAAUCAGACUUCGGAUCCUGUAGAAAUUGAUUCUCUCGAGGAAAAACAUUUUUUCCAAGGAAUGCUAUGUUUGGGAAGUGAUGCGGGUGGCGAUGGUUAUUGGUGGUCAGAAAAUUCCAACUUUCUAGCAUAUGUUUCUAUUGAUAUGCGAUCAGCAGAAACGGUCUCUUGGAAUAUGUAAGUUCAAUGUUUUGUGUCGUAUUGUAUUAUUACUCUUUCAGCUACAAAGAUAAACAACCAUACCCUGAUAUAAUUCAACAACAUUAUUGGAAAACUUUCAAAGAUUUUCCUCCGUAUGAAAUUUCGAUUUGGAACUCAAAAAGCAAAAAAGUGCAACGGGUCGAUUUUGAAAAAUUCAAAUAUAACAAGUAAUUUUCUUAUUCGAAAUAAUUAUUUCUAUUAAUUUUUUAGUGGUACAUCUUAUUUUGUGUCCGAAGGACAUGUUAUCAAAUUGGAAAACAAGCAAAAACUUCUACUUCAUCUUACAACCAAAUAUUGGAAUGAACGUGUUUUAAUAUCUUGCGAUUUUGAAACAACGGAGUGUGAAAAACUGUUUGAAUACAAAUAUGAAUAUAAACGUUAUAUCAAUAGGUUACAUAAGCCAAUGCAAAUACAUCAAAACCGACUGUUUUUAUUGUUGCCUUUAAAUUUUGAAAAGGAAAAUAAUUCAUACAAUCAAAUUGCGAGUUAUCCAGUCAAUGUGGUAUGUUUUCAUAUUUGAUUUUGAAAUAAUUACCUUUUUCAGACCUCAUCUGAACCUAGAUUUGAGAUGAAAGAACCGUAUGACGUUUUGGAAUUCGAAAUUUAUGAUAAUAGCACCAUGUGAGAUAUGAAAAUUCUGUCAUAUUUUGAUUACAUUAUUUUUUCAGAUCAUUCUUUGCUUUUUCAAGAAGUCCGUUUGUCAAUGAUACUUUAGAAAUGGAAAUAGGUUCAAAUGAGAAACCAAAAUGUGUGGUGUGUCAACAACUAAUUACGGAUGAGUUUUUGCAAUAUGGCAAUGUUUCACUUGGAAAUGGUUAUGAAGGACUUUAUAAAAUAUAUUUCCCAAAAAAUUUAACACACAGAAAAGUACCACUAUUCGUUGAUGUUUAUGGUGGACCUGGAAGUAUUGCAGUGAUGAUGAGUGAUUAUGAUAAUGAUGAAAGGAUGAGGGACUAUUCAACAGGAUAUAAUCAAUUUGUUAGACUACACAUCGAUGGAAGAGGAAUUGAAAGACGGGGAUGGAAAUAUCGAUCUGCACAAUUUGGCAAACUUGGAACUAUUGAUGCUCAAGAUCAAAUCACGGUCAUUCAAUAUAUUUUGAGAAAAUAUGCAGAUAUAUUAGAUGAAAAUAGAGUUUUGGUGUCAGGAUGGUCUUAUGGUGGUUUUAUGGCACUUGCAAUGACUGAACAAGCUCCGAAAGGAUUUUUCAAAUGUGCUAUUUCUGGUGCGCCGGUGACAAAUUAUAUGUAUUAUUGUAAGUAAGCACUCAAAAUUUUUCAAUUAUAUUUUUGAUUUUUCAGAUAAUCACUAUACAUUGACAUUUAUGGGAAAUGCAACAAUAAACAAAUAUUUGGAUGUGACGGAUAAUUUGGAAAACUUCAGAACAACAAGACUUUUACUUCUUCAUGGAAUGGCUGAUGAUAAUGUACAUUUUCAAAACAGUGCAAUUUUGAUUGAAAAACUUCACAAGGCUAAAAUUGAUUUUGAUUUAAUGGUUUAUCCUAAUUCGAGCCAUCAUGCUGAUAGCAAAUUGAAACAAAGUACUUUUAUAAGAGAUUGUCUUUAUUCAUAUCAAUAUCCACCAAAAAUAUAA